GGAGCCUGUGGAAUCUCCGAACUCCUAGACACGGGGCCUUGGCGCGCGUCUCCCGGCGCGGGGUUCCUCUCACGCAGCCUCCCAUUCAAAAGAUGCCGAAGGGGCGGCGCGGCAGCCAGAACCCCAAGAUGAGCCAGCGGCCGGCCCCGCCCCUCUACUUUCCGUCGCUCUACGACCGGGGCAUCUCGUCGUCUCCGCUGAGCGACUUUAACAUCUGGAAGAAGCUCUUCGUGCCGCUGAAAGCGGGCGGGACGCCAGCGGCCGGGGUGGCAGGGGUAGCGGGGGUCCGACCCCUGCCUCUGGCACCCCCAGCCACGGUGCCGCCGCCGCCGCCUGGCCUGGGUCCCCCCAGCGAGCGCCCGUGUCCUCCGCCUUGGCCAUCCGGCCUGGCCUCUAUUCCCUACGAGCCUCUGCGCUUCUUCUACUCGCCGCCUCCAGGCCCCGAGAUGGCAACUUCGGCCUUGGUCCCCGGCUCCACGACCCCCUGGCUCGCCUCCGCCUCCCACCCCGAGGAGCUGUGCGAGCUAGAAAUCCGGAUUAAGGAGCUGGAGCUGCUCACAAUCACUGGGGACGGCUUCGACUCCCAGCGCUAUAAAUUCCUGAAGGCGCUGAAAGAUGAAAAAUUACAAGGACUGAAGACAAGCAGGCAACCUGGAAAGUCGGCCUCCUUCUCCUGAGGAGCUGCCCCCCCCCCUGCCGCCCCCGGAGCCAGGGCAGCUGCCUCCUUAGGUGUUAGUACUUAGAUAAUGUGUCCUAGUUGUUGUCAUUUCAAAGAUGGUUAUUUUCUGUUCUGUAUUCACUACUGUUAUUGUUGCUCUCAGCACACACUUCACAUACAGUGCCCACUCGCAUGGUAGAUCUCAUGGCCUCUUCCCUCCGUGCUGAUGCUGGGGGAUCGCCCUUGUGGGAUGUACAAUUGCUGUCUGGCCUGCUCUUUAGAGUCUCCUGUGACUCAGGGAGUGGACCCAGCACUACCACUGCCAGGCAUACCUGGCUGGCCAAUAGUUAUGAGAGACUCAAAGCAUGGGCAAUAAAUCCUGGUCUUGAAAGCCAGAAAGACCCCCUAAAACUAAAUUUAGAACUUGAGUUGCCCUUCAUCUCAGUAAUUUUCAUUUUUAGAAGUAUUUGUUCUUCAAAAAAAUAUUUUUUUGAACCACAGAAUUCUGGUCAUCUUUUUAAAGACAUGGUCUUUCUAAGAAAUUCACAUAUAACAUUUAAGAGGUAUUUAUCAAGUGCUUAUUAUACACUUAGACCCCUACGUAAGCACUUGGAAUUGGAGAUGGGGAAAAACAUGAGUGAACUACAAGAUGGCGUGCUAGAGAAUGACAUGCCAAUCACAGAGAAUGAUAUGUCAAACGAGGAAAAGGGGAGUCGGAAAAGGACAGCCAGACUAUAUCCCAAGGAAGACAAAAUGAGCUUUCAGAUAGGGUCUCUUUGGAUAUACGGCAUAUUUUGUUACUGUUUUGAUAUCAAAACUACGUA